UAAAGUUGGCCACAAAAUGAGUGUAUUCUUGUAGUGGUUAGUACAUAUAUAUUUUUUGUUAUUCCCAAGAGAAGGUAUCGUGGGAUCCUUGUCAUAAUGAUAUUGUGAAACGUCUAUUUGAACAAAAGGCCGCUAAAAAACUAUCAGAUAUGCUUACGAAGGUGAGGAAAAAAGGGACUCGACCUAGUUGGAUAGGUGAGGAAGCUUGGACUAGUCUUCAAGCAUAUUGGGAAGGUACAUCAUUCAAGAACAUCUCCAACCAAAAUAAGACCAAUCGAGCUUCAACAAGAGGCGGGGCUGUCCACACCUCAGGCCGCAAGGCUCAUAUUGAUGUUGCGAUUGAGCUCAGCAAUAACCUUCAAAGAGAUUUACUUCCAGAUGAGUUAUUUUUGACAACCCACAAGAGGAAAAAUGGCGCUUGGGUUGAUAGUCGCGCAAAAUCUACCUAUGGAACAUUUAAAAAAAAUUGGAGGAAGUACAAACACAAAUUGGCGAAACAAGUGAAGAAAGUGCUAAAGAGGUAGAUGGAGGGACAAUACUUAAGUUAUGGACUGGAUCUGAAGGGGGUCGCACUCGUGGUCGAGUUUAUGGUACGGGAGACUUGUCCAUUAACGUCCGACAGGGGUGUGUAUCGCUUACACAACAUUCCCAGAAUCCUUCUAAUUCUAUGACUGGGGCUUAUUUAGAAGCGGAGAGGGUAGCUAGAAUUAGAGCUGAACAAAUUGCUUAGGAUGUAGUGGCCCAAACUCAAGUGGCUACCAAGGUCGCCGAAGAGGCUAGAGAGCGUUCAAAGAAGUUAGAGAAUGAUUUUGAUGUAUUAAAGCAAUUUUUUGGAGAUAAAAUUGACGCUUUGCACCGUCAAUCAGCUGGUGGAUCAUCUACUGCGAGUCAUUCUCCUUCGCAACCUCAUUACGAUCAUAAUUUGGGCGACGUGUCACUGGACGAGCCUUAAUGUCAUAGUUAUGCUUACUUUUUGUAGUAAUUGGUUGACAAUUAUGUAUUAAGUAACUUUGUUACAGUUGUUAUUCGAUACUAUUUGCUAUUUUGUAGUUUCAGAACA